AUGGAUGUCAUGUGCAGCAAGGAAGUAAAACAACACAAAAAAAAGAGUGGUGAAGAUCAAACAAUCAGUGAUGAUGUGAGACAUAAACAAAAACAUGAAGAAAAUGUUUUUGGACAAUGGGGGUUUUUGAUUUAUUACAUUUUAUUAAAAGGUGGAAGUGUUACUAUUAAGCCAUUCGUCAAAAAAACAGAUAUUGACAAAAGAAAUCAAAUAGACUUUUGUUCGGUAGAGGUUAAUGGAAAAAUUUUGUCUGCAGAAGAAAUUCAAAAACAAGUAAUCCCAAUGAUAGAUAAAUCAAUUAAUCACAAAUAUUUUAGAAGGACUUUACGUAAGUAUAUUCAUGAUAAUAUUAUGAAUGAGGUUGUAGAGUGGUGUAAAGAAGAGGCUAAAAAAGAAAAAAUUUAUAUAUUAACAAAGUCAUCAAAAAAAGCAAAGAAUGAAAAUAAACCACCUAAUACUAUAAUUAAUAGUGUCAAUAUUAAUGGUAAAAAUUAUAAUAGACGUUUUAUUACAACAAAUUGUGGAAACUGGUUAAAAGAAGUUCUUAAAUGUUUGAUUCCAAACCCACCACCUAAAACGCACACAAUAAUAAUUUCACAAAAAACUGUUCCUCCUAAUAUAAUUAUGAAUGGCAUGGGUCUUGAAAACUUAAUAACUAAAACUCCAACAAUAACCCAAAUUAAUGGGUAUGCAGGAUAUUAUGACGCAUGUGGAGAAUUACGUUUGUGGAAUUGUCAACUGUAUCUACCAUUUCCUAUAGAAGAUAAGUUGAACCCAAUUGAUCCAAAAAGUUCAGAUAGUCAAACUAAUUUAUAA